AUGACGGAAGAGGCUCCAGCCGCCCCCGCCGCGGCUCCCCCGGCGGCCAAGUCCCCCGCCAAGAAGGCCAAGAAGGCGCCGGGCGCCUCCAAGCCCCACAAGCCCUCGGGCCCCAGCGUGACGGAGCUGCUGGUGCAGGCGGUGUCGGCCUCCAAGGAGCGCGGCGGGGUCUCGCUGGCCGCUCUCAAGAAGGCGCUGGCGGCCGCCGGCUACGACGUGGAGAAGAACAACAGCCGCGUCAAGCUGGGCCUCAAGAGCCUGGUGAGCAAAGGCAGCCUGCUGCAGACCAAAGGCACGGGCGCCUCGGGCUCCUUCAAGCUCAACAAGAAGCAGCAGGCCGAGGGCAAGGCAGCGGUGUCCUCCAAGAAGAAGCCCACGGCGACCACGGCCAAGAGCAGGAAGCCCACAGCCAAGAAACCUGCCACCGGCGUGGCCAAGAAGAAGGCCAAGAAACCCACGGCCAAGAAGAGCCCCAAGAAAGUGGCCAAGAAGCGCUCCGCUGCCAUGGCGUCGGGUGCCAAGAAGGUGGCCAAGAGCCCACAAAAGGCCAAGGCCAAGAAAGCACCCAAGACCCAAGCCAAAGUUGUCAAGCCCAAGGCGAAAGCCAAGGCGCCCAAAGCCAAGGUGGCCAAGACGAAGAAGGCAGCGCCCAAGAAGAAGUGA